AUGGAGGGUGGGAUUAGGGCGUUGCUGUGCCGGGGUGACUGGCAACUGACUAUGGGGCCGUUGCUGACUGCUUGUUUUGGUGCUGGCAAGUCAAGAUCUAUUGCAGCAGCGCCGAUUGGGUGGAGGGAAGGAGGGAGCGAGGGAGCGAGGGAGCGAGGGUGGGGAGAGGAGUGGGGGAUGCACAUCCACAUCCACAUCUUCUGCGGGACUCGAGCCACGGCUUUUUCUUUCCCCUGCAACGGGUCACAUGACGCCAUCGCUGCUAGACUCGGUGACCGGCCUUCGCGACAGACUGGAAGCUGUUUUUGCUACGAAGCAAGUCACCAUUCGAAACAGGUUUGCUUUGAGACCACUCAGCCUCCGAAUUGUUUCGUAGCAAAAAGGGCUUCCAGUUUGUCGCGAGGGCUGGUCACCGAGUCCAGUAGCAAUGGUGUAAGGAGACCAGUUACAGUGGAAAUAAAAAGCCGUGGUUCGAGUCCCGCUGAAGAGGUUUUGGUUGUACUGAGGUCAGGUGGAGCCCAGACUCGAGGCUUGAAAGACGAGGGAUCAUUUGAGACGAUCUCCGGCCUUCUACACGACCUCUUCUUUCCUUUGUCCUGCAUGUCGACACUGACACAUUCUGCAGUUGCCCACUCUCUCUCUCUCUCUCCCUCGGCCUACAUGAACCGACCGUCCUACUUUGCGUCUUGCAGAGGCGGAGAGGUUGAGUAG